UCAUUUGUCAUUGUAAAAGUAAAGAUAAACUUCAUACUCUUUCAAUUUGUUGUCAAAAAGUUGUAUGAAUGAGCGACGGUAGAUAAACUUAUAAAAUAAAAUAUUUCAGUUAUUCCUCAAGAAUAUAAAUACCUAAAUCUAAUUAAAUCUAUUAUCUUAAAACGUAUCGAAGUAAUUAAACAGUAUCGUGUACACGUUUCGGGCCAACUCAUAUGUCGACGCACGGUGACCAUGGCGGCGGAAGAAGAAACGGACACGUUGAAACUAUACUGGGAUCAUUUCUUCAAAGCGGAGACCGGCACUUAUGAGAAAACCACAUGGCUGGAUCUGUUUCUGGCCGAGUUCCUCAUCCGUCUUGACGAUGGCGCUAACCCUAAGGAGCUGAUUAAAUUCUGUCCAGUGAGCGGCGUGGUGACGCUGGUGGGGUGCGAGCUGCUGUGCGGCAUCCACCGCGUCACCUCCUCCAUCACGGCGCACUGCUCCGCGCCGCUGCCGCCACUCGACGCCGCAUACUCUGCACGCAACAACCACGAUCAGGAGACAGAAUCAAAACCGGAUGAGGUGAAACUCCAGCCGACGAGCCUGUUCACGCGCAACAACGCGCAGUCGUCGCAGGAGAUCCUGCGGAAGUACCUGCUGGGCGGCGUCGCGUGGCGCUGCCUCGUGCUGCUCAGGGCGCUCGGAGUCGAGGGCCUGUCGUGCUGCCGGCAGCUGAGCUCGGUGCUGAUCUGGCUGUUCGGCGAGCUGAGCGAGGCUCGCGCGGAGGGCGCGGCGGGCGCGGGGGGCGAGCCGGCCGGCGCACGCGCACCGCAGGCCCCCGCCACACCGAUACAUCAACUAUUCUCACACAAGAUCUGGUCGAAGCAGAAGCCGAGCGGCGCGCUCGGCGGCAAGGUGAGCUCCGCCGCGUCCUCCGAGAAGGGCUCCGUUACUGCCCGGUCGCGCCACACGAGCCUGAUAAAAUUCGACUCAACCGACAGCAAAGUAAAGAGGAAAUUGAUAAAGGAUCCCUCGCAGUCGUCCGAGUCGGCCGACUCCAACGACGACCUGCAGAUACUGAACCGCUCCCUCGCCAUCAAAGUGUGCUCGCCUGUCGACGACUUCGAGUACUUCAACUCUCCCGUGCGCUCCUCCAACGAAUACCCGGACUCCUACUACAGCGACCCGUAUUACACGCCAAAGAAAACUAAACCCAAAGCUGAUGAUUAUAUGAACGAUAAACACAGAGAAAUCAUCAAUUCUGAGAUCACUACGUUCGAAUUUACUUUGAUAAUAACGGAUCUACUGCAGGAGCUGUGCAAGGCUGAGAGCAGUUUGUCCGGCUCCGAGGGCUCGCAGAUAUCCGUGCAGUGCAUCAAUUUCUCUUUACGGAACCUCUGUUCCCUGCAAUUUAGUUCAGAAGUUCAUAACCAAGAUGUGUCCAGAAUCAAAGUAGCCUUGACGGAGCUGCUCAUAGUGUCCUUGGACAAGGUUCUAAUCCACUCCGAUUUAUGUGCGAAACUUAUCAAUAACGGUAUACUGCCUAUGUUACUUAGAAUACUUGAAGAUGUCAUAUCAAAAUGCAACAAAAACCGCGCCAGAGAUAUUGAAAAGACUGAAUCAGAGAAUCUACUUAAAUUCGUGUUCGGCAUCGCUUACUCUAUCACAGCGUUCUUCCAUUGCCUACUGAUGCAGUGCCGCGGCGUGGACAAACUGCGGGAGUUCACUGAACAAUUCAAGCUAUACGGAGAUUGUCUCAAAGGUGGACUCUUGAAGGAGUGUAUAGAACUAAUGAUCAGAAUACCGGUGCCGGAUGAGGAAGAGACUAUCACCUUAAUUAAGAAAUUGAUAGAAUCGGUGGGAAAAUUGAUCAACGGGAUGAAGAGAGUGAGAACCGAAGUGAUCCACUCGGCGGCGUGUCCGCGCUCCAGGCACAAGGUGUGCAGGCAGCGCGUGGCGGCCGGCAUGCACCACCACCACGACAUCCUGGGCGAGGCCACCUCCGGCCUGCCCAUGUCCUCCGCUUGCUGCGUGUCUGUUCUAUACGGGACCUUAACCUCUCUGCUGAUCGACGAGGAAGUGUCCGCCCACAGCGUGCUCAGAAAUAAAAUACUACGAGUGAUGUUGAACUAUGGGGUGUGCUGUUGUUUCUCGCAAGGGAUCCUUAUGGAGAGCAUCGUAAGGCUCAUGUUGACGCACAACGGUGUCGCCUCGUUAUGCCUCCAGGUACUGGAGCACACUGUUUACGGAGAUUUAGGGGCAAGUAUUCUUAUACCAAAAGUUACUGAUCAGCUUCCUUGUUCGAUUUGCGAACCUGAUGAUAGAAGAGACUACAGCAAGAAGUACUGUCCUUUGAAUGUGACCCCGAUGGAGAGGAAGAGCGUGUGGUCCUUCCUCAUCCACUACAACUCGUUACUACAGCUGGAUAACCAUAACAACGUGCUGCACGCGACUGUCAGCCACCUGCUGCGAGUCACGCCGAAGUGUCGCACCGAGAUGAAAUACGAGUUGCUGUUCAGUGUCAUAUACCCCACGUUCAUCGUCGCCAAGCACCGGUACAUCAUACGCUUAGAGGAAUCCGCGUACUUCGUCACGGUUUCAUGUUUAAAUAUAUUCGCCAGUUUAUUAAACACGGUGUCCUUUGCCGAACAAUUCAUACAAAAAGGUGGACUUAGUUAUGUGCUAGAGUUGGUGUCGCUCUCAGAAUUUUCGAACCAAUGUUGCUCAAUAUUGGAGAUAGCGAUCAUCGUGGAGGUGUUUAAAUUGAUGAAGGAGAACUCUGAAAUGACGUACUUCAGGGAGAUGAGCACGCUGCCGUCUGUGCAGAUGCUGUUCAAAUCAUUGAAAAACGUGACUGAAAAGUUCUAUAACAUAUACAAAGCGAGGAUACCGAGCGACAAGUUCGCGGAGUUGUGCGACGUGAGUAAAGAGAGGGCGGUGCUGGGGCUCACGCCGAGCGAGAGCAAGGUGAUGGCUAACUCGAAAGCAGAAGAAGACAGCGCCGACACGUGCGACUAUACAGAGAGCCUGAAGAACAUCUGGACGUUCUGGAAGACGUGUGCGAGCCUGUGCCUGUACAGCCCCAUGUUCCGCGAGUACGUGUCGCGCGAGGCGGUGUUGGUGGACAGCUACGCGCUGCUGAAGCUGGCGCUGCACUCCGUGGCCGCCGACUCCGGCGCCAGGGACGUGCGGCUGCUCAUUAAGAUCGUCGAGGCGCUGCUCACCGUGCAGUUUGCUGUCGCUGACGUGACGUGCUCAUCAUCGAAGGAGGCAUCGUGUGGCGUGAUCCGUCGUGCACUGUCGCUGGCUGGCGGUAGUGGCGGUACGGGCGGUGCGGGCGGCACUGGCGGUGCGGGCGGUGCUGGCGGUGCGGGCGGUACUGGCGGUGCGGGCGGUGCGGGCGGUGCUGGCGGCGCGGGCGGCGCGCACGUGCGCGCGCUGUGCGAGGCGCUGAUCCGCGUGGCCACGGCGCAGCCCAGCCGCACGCACGUCAUGCCGCGCCUCGCGCACGCCAAGGUGCCGCCGCUGGUGUGUCCCUCGGGCAGCAGCUCGGCGGAGUGCUCGUCGAGCGAGGAGAGCGCGGCGGCGCCGUACGCCUCCGAGCACAGCGAGCCGCCCGCGCUGCGCCCCGACGAGGGGUACGAGGCUGAUGUGGAAGUGGGCAAGUUGGAACUACACCAGUCGUACAAGGCGCGCAAGAUGUCCACCUCGAUGUCAACCGUCACCUCCGAUUCAGGCGUGCAGUCGUCGCCGGCGGACGCGCUGAGCGUGGAGUGCGGCGAGUACACCAAGCGCGCCGAGCUGGCGCACCCCGAGCUCUGCGUCAUCGUCGUCGACAUACUCACGCAGCUCAUCGACAAACUGCUGGAGUCGAAGUGCAGCGAGGAGUCUGCGGUGAGCAUCGAGCGCGUGGGCGCGCAGCUCGCGCGGGCGUGCUGCGCGCGGCGCUGGCAGGCGCAGGCGCGGGCGCGGGCGCGGGCGCGGGGCGGGGCGCGCGCACCGCCGCUGCUGCAGCGCCUGCUCGCGCCCGGCCGCGACCAUCUGCUCGCGCAACACCAUCCCAGGUUCCACGAGCUGCAGCGUUGCGUGCUGGAGCUGAUCCAGGCGCUGGCGGCGCAGAGCGUGAGCGCGUGGGAGCUGGCGGCGCUGCUGCGGCUGGUGCUGGCGCCGCGGCCGCCGCUGGCGCUGCUGCUGCCCACGCUGCGCCGCCUCGCGCACCACCAGCCAGCGCACACGCCAGACUACAUACUCACCUUCCCCGUCGACACCGACAACAAGGAAGCUAUGCAAGAAAUGUACGAAGAAAUAAACCAACUGGGAUUAAAUAAUAUAUCACAGACGAGCUUGGAUGAAUCUGCCAAAAUAUUCCAAGAUUCACAUUUGAAGGCUGCGGCGGUGCGGGCGCGCGCGUCGAGCGCGGGCUGGGCGCCGUGGGCGGCGGGCUUCUCGCUCGCGCUGUGGCUGCACGCGCCGCACCACACCGAUGACACAGCGGAAACAAAUGACGAAUCAUCAGACAACGAGUCGACGAAGCGGUCGCCGACGCGAGAGCCGCGCGGCCGACACACCGAACUGUCGCAUGUGGUGUCCAUCGGACACGACUCGCUCAUGUUCGAAUUAUGGCUACAAACUAGCACCGGCGUAUUUACCCUGCGGCUGAGUCGGCCGGAGAGCAGCGGCUCGCGCGUCAUGAGCAGCGCGCGCAUGGCGUGGGGCGGCGCCGCGCACGCGCAGUGGAACCAUGUCGCGCUCAACGUGCGCGAGCGCGUGCUCAAGCGACACAUGUUCAUUGAGGUCACAUUAUUCAUUAACGGAUAUGAGACCGAAUCCGUUGCGCUUCCAUUACAAGGCAUCCUGGUGCGGAAGGUGCUGCCGACGAACGUGUUGAUCGGCCACGCGUGCCGCGGCGGCGCCGGCGCCGGCGGCGGCGUGUACCACCUGGCGCACGUGGUGGUGUACCGCGCCGCCAUGCUCACGCCGCACACCGCGCUGCACCUCGCCGCGCACGGGCCCGACCACUCCUGCCAGAUCAAGUGUGAAUCUCCCAACUAUCCCCUUAUAUUGACACCAAAUAUUCUGGAUUCAAAUAUCGACUGGGAUCACGUGUAUGACAUAUCCAUGGCGACGUUGCGUGAGCUGCACGAUAACGUGGUGUUGACGUUCUCCGCGAGCUCGCCCUACAUCAUGAACCUGUACCACCAGACCGUGGCGAUGCCUACAGUGUUCUCGGGGCGCGUGUCGGUGGCGGGCGUGGCGGGCGUGGCGGGCGUGGCGGGCGCGGCGGGCGGCGCGGCAGGCGCGCGCGCCUCCAUCCCCGAGACGCUGUGCGCGCGCUGGGCGGCCGCGGCGCUGCGCUCGCGCCACCAGGGGCUCGCGCCCGCGCUGCUGCACCUCGGCGGCCCGCACGUGCUGCUCUACUUGUACGCACGGGUGGUAGAACUGGACGCCACCCCAGCUGAGCAGGCGAUGGCGCUAGGAAUCCUACUGCGGGCGUGCCGCGUCGACAACCGGCUAUACGCAAUGUUCUACGGCAGCGACUCGCUCGAAAUGCUACUUACUGUAUUCGCCUCGCCUAAGUGUCACGUAACGCAUCAUCUGCUGGAGGUGGUACUAAACGAAGCGUGCAGCAGCCCGGUGCUGUCGGUGAGCGGCGACAGCGUGCACCUGCUGGCGCGGACCGACGCCGUGCUGCUCGAGCCCGCGCUCUUCGUGCUCAUGCUCAAGGCUUGGCGACAUCUCGAUACCACGCAGGUGACUUGGGACAUUGAUUACGGCGGCGGCGGGGGCGGUGACGGUAACGGUAGCGGCAUGUUACCGCAGCGCGGGUCGGUGCUGGCGCUGUGGCUGUGGAGCGCGCGGGCACUGCUGCGCGACUCGCAUCCGCGCCGCGCCUUCAACCACUACCAGAUGAACCGCGCCGCGCUGCUGCACCAUCUGCUGCUCGCAUGCAAGGAGCGUUUUCUGAAUUCAGACUGCGGCCCACUGGACCCGAUAGCGAGCAACAAUCUGGUGGAGGUGGUGCGCGGCCUCAUCGGCACCCCGCCCGCGCUCGAGCGCGUCGCGCAGCUCUGCGACUUCUUACUACUCAUGCAUCAGGCAAGCGAUACGUUCGUGACGCACUCGCGAGCGAACUUCUACUUCCUGCUGACGUCGGAGACGCAGGAGAUGAGCGAGUUCGGGUCGAGCGCCAGGCGGCGCGCGUCCCGCCGCAGCCGGCGCCGCGCGGAGGAGCGCCCGAGCGCGUCCAGCACCUCGGCCGAGGACGCCGACGCGCGCGACAGCGACCGGAUGGACAGCAGCGUCGAGUCCACCAAGCAGCUCAAGGGCAUCAUUAACAUGCACAUCAAGGAGGGCAGGAAACACAAUUUAUCGUCAACGUCUGAAAAUUCGGACACUACUACCGAGGCGGUAGGGGCGGGGGUGGCGGCGGCGGCGGUCGGCGGUGAAGCCGAGCCGCGCGCCGCCGAUCUCACGGAUUACAUUGUUGUAGACCUCGACGACGUCACCACCACCACCGUCGACAUGUACCCGCACGGGCUCUACAACCAGCAACGGCGAGUACGAGCGGGCGCGGUGCCGGGUUGGGCUGCAUGCGAGGGACUACUGCUAUUACUGCGAGACACCAUCGGUGUGCUGCCCGACCACGAGCUCGCGCAGGCGGUGGCGGGCGCGGUGCAGGCGGAGGCGCUGGUGGUGCUCGGCAACCACCGCGAGGCGUCGGUGCGCGCGGCGCUCGUGCGCGCGUUCAGUGCGCUGCAGCGCCGCGCGCCCGCCGACCUCGCGCGCCGCCUGCGCGCGCACCACUACUACCUGCACCUCGCCGACCAGGGCGUCGGUGCGCGCGGCGCUCGUGCGCGCGUUCAGUGCGCUGCAGCGCCGGGCGCCCCCGCCGACCUCGCGCGCCGCCUGCGCGCGCACCACUACUACCUGCACCUCGCCGACCAGGUACACACUACACACUACACACUACACACACCUGAACACGUAGUAUUACACCACCGCGAGAGGCGUCGGUGCGCGCGGCGCUCGUGCGCGUUCAGUGCGCUACAGCGCCGCGCGCCCGCCGACCUCGCGCGCGCCGCCUGCGCGCACCACUACCUGCACCUCGCCGACCAGGCGUCGGUGCGCGCGGCGCUCGUGCGCGUUCAGUGCGCUGCAGCGCCGCGCGCCGCCGAUACCUCGCGCCGCCUGCGCGCGCACCACUACCUGCACCUCGCCGACCAGUAUUACACACACCACCGCGAGGCGUCGGUGCGCGCGCGCGCUCGUGCGCGUUCAGUGCGCUGCAGCGCCGCGCGCCGCCGACCUCGCGCGCCGCCUGCGCACCACUACUACCUGCACCUCGCCGACCAGGCGUCGGUGCGCGCGGCGCUCGUGCGCGCGUUCAGUGCGCUGCAGCGCCGCGCCCCGCCAUUCGCGCGCCGCCUGCGCGCGCACCACUACCUGCACCUCGCCGACCAGUAUUACACCACCGCGAGGCGUCGGUGCGCGCGGCGCUCGUGCGCGCGUUCAGUGCGCUGCAGCGCCGCGCGCGACCUCGCGCGCCCCUUUGCGCCCUACUACCUGCACCUCGCCGACCAGGUACACACUACACACUACACACUACACACACCUGAACACGUAGUAUUACACCACCGCGAGGCGUCGGUGCGCGCGGCUCGUGCGCGCGCGUUCAGUGCGCUGCAGCGCCGCGCGCCCGCCGACCUCGCGCGCCGCCUGCGCGCGCACCACUACUACCUGCACCUCGCCGACCAGGCGUCGGUGCGCGCGGCGCUCGUGCGCGCGUUCAGUGCGCUGCAGCGCCGCGCUCCCCCAGACCUCGCGCGCCGCCUGCGCGCGCACCACUACUACCUGCACCUCGCCGACCAGGGGUCGGUGCGCGCGGCGCUCGUGCGCGCGUUCAGUGCGCUGCAGCGCCGCGCGCCCGCCGACCUCGCGCGCCGCCUGCGCGCGCACCACUACUACCUGCACCUCGCCGACCAGGCGUCGGUGCGCGCGGCGCUCGUGCGCGCGUUCAGUGCGCUGCAGCGCCGCGCGCCCGCCGACCUCGCGCAUGCUCGCGCGCACCACUACUACCUGCACCUCGCCGACCAGGUACACACUACACACUACACACUACACACACCUGAACACGUAGUAUUACACCACCGCGAGGCGUCGGUGCGCGCGGCGCUCGUGCGCGCGUUCAGUGCCAGCGCCGCGCGCCGCCGACCUCGCGCGCGCCGCCUGCGCGCGCACCACUACUACCUGCACCUCGCCGACCAGUGCGCUGCAGCGCCGCGCGCCUGCCGACCUCGCGCGCCGCCUGCGCGCCACCACUACUACCUGCACCUCGCCGACCAGGUUUCACUGUAUGAAGGAUCGUGGGAGCUGGCGGCCGCGUGCGCCGCGUUGGUCACCAAAUGUGACGUGCCACUAGAAGACCAAUUAGACGACGACAUCUGGGUGGACGUGUCGGAGGAGUCGCUGCACCGCUGUCCGCCGCUGCUGGCGCUGCUGCCGUGCGCGCUGGCCGACGUGCCGCUCGCACACAACAUCACGCUCAUCAUCAGGAGGAUCAUUGAUAAGGCGUCUCUGAAAGUGUUGAACGAGGUAUCGGUAGUGGAGGUAGUAAUUCGCGCCCUUCGCGCCAUCGGUCUAAUGUCGGACACUAGCUUCGAAGGUCGGGAUCUGCUUCUAGAGGAUCUGCACGAACUUCUCAACAAGGUCGCCAUUAAGGCGCUGUCUGCUCAACAUAGCAUGCAGACAGUGUGCGAAAUCCACCACAUGUUGAGCUACGUGGAGUUGGAGGCCAUUUCGGGUGAGGGUGGCGAGACACUAGCCAAGGUGGCGGCGCGUGCGCAGGUGGCGCUCUACCACGCGCAGCUCGACCAUCUGGAGGAGCGUCUGCACGCCUCCUACUCCAACACCAGAACCACUAAUUACUUUGCCACAGUGGUGUCGGUGGCGGAGACGGGCGCGGGCCCGGCGGCGCGGCUGUGCGCCUGCGCCACGCGCGCCGUGUGGUCGCUGCUGGCGCGCUCGCCCGCGCUGCCGCUCGGCGACCACGCCGGCCUGGCGCUGCGCCUGCUGUCCACGCUGCUGCUCGCGGUGAGCGGGCCGAGCGCGGCGCGCCCCAAGUGGUGGGCGGGCGGCGGCGGCGACUGGUGCGCGCCGCUGCAGGAGCUGUUCUGGUGGAUGGCGGGCCCCGCGGCCGGCGCGCGCCGCGUGCAGCCGGCGCUGCUGCGCGCGCUGUACGCCGCGCCGCCGCCCGCGCUGCUGCUGCUGGCGCCGGACCCGCCCGCGCAGAGGAAGCUGGCAGUUUACCUGCUGACGAUCCUGAAACACAUCCACGCGGAAGCGGAGAAUGGCCCACCGUCAGUGGAGCUGGCCAUCACAGACUGGGCGCGAGGCUGGGCGGUGGCGACCCAGGCCGGGCUGCCCGACCGCCUCGACAGCGAGACCCUGGCGCUGGAGGCGGAGAGCCUGCUGCGCGCUGACGAGGAGCGCUGGGCCAAGGCCACUGGUAGAACACGACCGGCCAUCGCGAAAGCGGUGUUCAGCAAAGAGGCCGUGGCCGCCAAGGUGUCGGAGACAGCGAUGCAAAUGACGCGGCAGGUGGUGGAGACGCAGAACGCCGAGCGCAAGAGCUUCAUGGAGCUCCUGCGCAGCGCCAACGCCCGCGCCGCCGCUCGCGCCGCGCGCUGGCGCCGGCUACUCGACGACCUCACGCACGAACACGCGGUGUGGCACGACCCGCGCAGCUACCCCACCUCGUGGCAGCUCGACCCCACGGAGGGCCCGGGCCGCGUACGAGUCAGACUCCGCCGCGCGCAUCUCAACAUACAUCCGAGGUUCCUCAAGCCGCAGUACAGACAUAAACUUGACGCGGUGAGCGCGCCGUCGCCGGUGCGCAGCGUGGUGGAGACGCUGGGCGGCGCGAGCGCGCGGCUGCAGCCCGACGAGCCCGUGUGCUACAUGGCGCGCGUGACGCGCGUGGCCGUGGCGCAGGACACGCGCGGCGACCUGCUGCUCACGGACCGCUGCCUGCACUUCGUGCCGGACGCGGACGAGUCGGCGGAGCCGCCCGCCCCCGCGCCGCGCCACCCGCCGCCGGCGCCGGACGAGCGGCCCGCGCCGGAGUCGUGGCCGCUGGACGCGCUGCUGCAGGUGGUGACGCGCCGCUGGUGCCUGCAGGAGCUGGCCGUCGAGCUGUUCCUCAACUCUGGACACACGCACAUGCUAGCCUUCGCCGACGAACACGAGCGCGCCGCCUUCCUCAAGGCGCUCAAUGCUUGCCAUCUACCCUCAAGAAUCGAAGCGGACACACUAACGGAAGCCAUGAACCAAUGGCGCAACGGCACCAUCACUAACUGGGAAUACCUGAUGCGUCUGAACGGGCUCGCCGGACGAUCCUACAACGACCUUAUGCAGUACCCGGUGCUGCCGUUCGUAAUAGCGGACUACACGUCCAAGAUCCUGGACCUCAACGACCCCGCCUCCUACCGCGACCUCAGCAAGCCCAUGGCGGUGCAGAACAAGAACAGAGAGCAGCAUUACAUCAAUGUUUAUAAUGACCUGAAGGCGGCGCGGCGCGAGGGCUGCAGCCCGCUGCUGUCGCGCCAGCCGCACCACUACGCGUCGCUGUACUCCAACUCGGGCGGCGUGCUGCACUACCUGGUGCGCGUGCCGCCCUUCACCAAGCUCUUCCUCAACUACCAAGAUAAUAACUUCGAUAUGCCGGACCGCACGUUCCACUCUCUGGCCACCACGUGGCGGCUGAUCACCAACGACUCGCCUACAGACGUCAAGGAGCUCAUCCCCGAGCUGUUCUACUUGCCCGAACUAUUUCAUAAUAACGAAGGGUUGAACCUGGGCGUGCGGCAGUGCGGCGCGGGCGUGGACUCCGUGGAGGUGCCGGCGUGGGCGGCCGACGCGCGCCUGUUCACGCUGCUGCACCGCCAGGCGCUCGAGUCGCCGCUCGUCACCGAGCACCUGCCGCACUGGAUCGACCUCGUGUUCGGGUACAAGCAGACCGGACAGCCCGCGCUCGACGCCAUCAACGUCUUUCCCGCAUGUACCUAUUAUGGGUUCGACCCGAGCGCGUUGGAGGAUGAGCUGGAGCGCACGGCGGCCGCGGCCAUGGUGCGCACCUACGGACAGGCGCCGCGACAACUGUUGCGGCAUCCGCACCCGAGACCGCACACGGACCUGCUGCGCGCGCACCAGGGCGCGAACGGCGAGAGCGACUCGUCCCCGGAGGUGUGGGCGGGCGUGCGCGGCGCGCGCUGGGGCCGCUACUGCGGCUCGCCCGCGCUGCCGCCGCCCGCGCUCGCCGCGCGUCGCGCCGGCCCGCCCGGCUGCGCGCUGCAGCCGCUGCACGCGCCGCGCCACGCCGCGCUCGUGCCGCGCGCCGCCGCGCUGCUGCAGCUGCACGGCGACGCGGGCGCGGGCGGCUCCCGCGGCGCGCUGGCGCUCGUCACGUGGGGCCACUCCGACGACAUCGUGCGACUCAAGCGCCGCCGCGACGUACCGCCCGACAUGCUGCUGCAGGUGCCGCCGCUCGAUCAGAUAACGACAGUGUCAUCGUGGUGCGCGAGCGCGACGUGUCCGUUCCCGCUGUUCAUGGGUCACGCGUCGGGUCGCGUGCUGGCGGUGCGCGUGGAGUGCGUGGGGGGCGGCGCGGGCGGGGCGGGCGCGCUGCGCGUGCGGACGCGCACGCUGCACGCGCACGGCGCCAGCGUCACGGACGUGUGCGUGUGCGCACGCGCCGGCCUGCUCGCCACCGCCAGCCGCGACGGCACCAUCGUGCUCUGGGACCUCAACGAUCUGACGUACAUCCGCACGCUACCGAACCGCGAUAUGUUGCCGGUGACACACGUGACUAUCAGUGAAACGCUGUGCGACGUCGCAUCUGUGCACGAGCUGUCGCCGCGUCGCAACACCAUGGACGAACACGUGCACGAACACUCUCACGAACAUGCGCAAGAGCAUGAUCACGAGCAGUCCGAUCACGACACCAAUGAUUAUGAGAAGGACGCGACUUACAAACAUAAAUCGCUAAUACGCGUGCACACUUGCAACGCCACCUUCGUAGGGAGCGUGAAGGUGGUGGAGCGCGUGACGUGCGUGUGCUACUCGCUGGCGCCGGAGGGCGUGAGCGUGAACGUGGUGGCGGCGGGGCUGGCGUCGGGCGGCGCGCGCCUCUACUCCUCGUGGGACCUGCGCCCGCUCGCCUACCUGCCGCCGCUCAAUGCGCGCGCGCCGCUGCUCACAUUGUCGUACAGCAGCGACAGCCAGGUGCUGUUCGCGUGCUACGCGGACGGCACGGCGGCGGCGUGGGAGAGCGGCGCGGCGCGCGCGCCCGUGCGCCUGCUGCCCGCGCUCGCGCUGCUGUGAGCCGCGCGGGCGCCACUGAGCCCAGGAGGUGCAACUACAUAUCUAAACAUAAAACAUGCCCGAAUUAUUCCGAUACGGAAAAAUCACCUGAAACGAUUUUCAGGCCACACGCCGCCGAAUCAAAAUCGGACUGAUGUUUAGGUACACUAUGUCCGAAUUUCCUACGAUAAGGUUCCAAGAAAACUAGAAGAGACUACUUUAUCAAAUAUAUUACAACCGUAUUAAAAAACAAAUAAAGAUGGAACUUUUAUUAUUUUUAAUAUGUAUUUUCACUGUCACUCAACGCUUAUGACAUUGCGAUUUCUUGUGCAAACUGUGAUAUAAGCAGCACCUUAAUUUACCAAAUAAUAUAAAAACAAUGUAAAAGUAAUAAUAAUAUGUUUUAAAGUAUUGUUCUUAAAAUGAACAUUUAAAAAUCAGCUCCAAUAUAAACAAAAAAUACUCAAUUGAACAAAAAUUCUACAUUUUCAAAUCAUUCCGAUUUGAAAUAUACAAAGUAUAGAUACUGAUAUAUAAACGUACCCCCAAUAUAAUGCACAAUACCGCAUCCAAUAAUAUUCUGUUAUAAUCUAUUGAUCAACUUUAUUGUGGUCUACCAAUGUUAAAAUCCUAUAAAUGAUUGUGGUGUAGGUCACGCCAGCGGUCAACUUUAUAAGUCAGUACCCAUAAACGUUUGGUGUAGUUGUAUAUUUUAUUAUAAAGCAAUAUACAUAUAGAUAUAAUGCAACCAAAUGGUUUGAACAUGGUCUUCCGCUCUAUACGUAAUAGAAUAUUUAGUAACGACCUUCGUGCCAAUGAAUAGAGAACGAUAAGCAAUAUGUUGUGAUGACGCGAGAGAUGAUGAAUGAAUUCUAAUUAGUUUUUAUACACGCCCGGGCUUUAAGUCACUGUACCCGAAUUUUGCAACUAAACAUGGCUAAUACUGGUACUUUGAACCGCAAUUAAAUUGUCAUUCUUGUUAGUUACGAAUUUGGGUAUUUUCGCUUAAAAAUUUCUGGGUACAAGGACUGAUGGGUAAUUAGUAAUUCAGUGGUAAUUGCAAAUGGCGCAAGAAUCCCACAUAAUCAUAGAGUUUUAAACUAUAUAUUUUGAACAUUUACCGCAAUCUUAUUCUUUCCCUAGGUGGUAUUCACUCAGUCACUUCAAUAAUAACAACAUAGUACAUUCACGGUUAAGUUAUUUCGUUAUAAAUGCAUAUAUUGUUAAAUGUUCAAAAUCCAUUAAUAUUAUUUCGCGGCUGAAAGUUAUCAUUGCUACCGAUCUCUGAAGUCCGAUGGCUGCUUUGACGAGAAAAGUUACAAUUCUUUAGAGGUUUUAACUACAACCAAAGUUAUAUAUUUUAAACUAUAUUUUCUACUGUUUCUUGUCAAAUAUUGUUAAUAUGUAGCUUUGUUUUUAAUAUUAUGUAUUAAAGACUGUACAGUUCCAUGGCAACUAAUGCAAUACAUAUCGUUCGAUUUACGAAACAGAAAUGAAACUUAUUUUUGUAAGAAAACAUUCCUAGGAAAUUGUAUUUUGCUCAAGUGCAUUUCAAUUUGCUUAAAGGUCUGAAUCCUCGAUAUUCGCUGGCGCAGUAGGUUAGUCGGUAUUUAGCUGCGUAUAUAACAGAUCACGCCGUUGAAGCUCGCGAUCCACAAUGUCAGCAAAUAUAAAUUUUAACUGACCUUAAAGGUUAUUUUUCCUAAUAAAAAUUGAGAGGUAAUUUGAGUAGGAAAACACAUCAAUCACUAAGAUUGUAUAAAAUACAAAUGUCUUGUUUUUAUGCAGUCUAUUGGUUAAUAUUUCUUAGCUCACAGCUCCGCUUUACUUUAAUGGAUAGGUAGCAUAAGUGAAAAGAAAUUAUGAUAUCUAUAUAGAAUUGUAUUGUAGAAAAUUUCCGUGAUAUGAAUUAUCAAUAAAAUUGUUUAUACUUGUAAAUAUAAUUAAAUUAUUUUUAAAAUUGUAUUUUACGACCCAUGACAAAAAUAGCCUUUAGGAGAAAUGGCUAGCGAAAAGUGUAUUUUUAAUACGAAUAACCUACUUAGUAUAGCAUCGCAUAAUAAAACAAUUUUUGAAUCAAUAUUGCAAUACAUGCCGUGUACCGCGACCGGUCUGAAGUUAACAACUUCAAGCAUUCGGACUAUUAUGAUACGAUCGGCGCCAACCUUGACAACUUCAGACCAGUCAAGUUGUUACAUGUAUUGUGAUUUUAUACGCAGUGCACUAGUUAUGUGAAACUGAAAGACUAUUAUUUUAUGAUACGUUGUUAUGUCUUAUGAAUAAUAUCUUAUAAUUUCUAGACUUUGCCAACACACUUGUAUUAGUAUAACUGGUUUUGCUUGCCACCUCAUCGAGAGGUUUUUUCUGUACCAGGGUUUAGCUAUAAGUAUUUUAAUAACUAAUGUAGAAUCACUUCACUUGUUUAUGGCAGCUAUUGACUUACUACAAAAUUUUUCCUGCAAUAAGUCACAUAUAAGUUAUAAAUUUGAGUUCAACUUUUUUUAUAUAAUUCAUGUUAAUAAUUAUAUAGACAAUGAUUACUUACUGAAUUCAUACCUUUUGUUAUUAACUAUACUAUUAUUGUUACUUAUGAAUAACAAAUUAAAAUUAUUUUUAACAUCUUUAUUUAAUUUCAUACAACCAGAAGUGAUGGAAAAAUCUAGAAAUUAUUUACUGGUUUGUGUAUUUUGUACUGCAUAAACUGUUUAUUUACUUUAAAUUGUUAUAUGCUACUUUGUUUUAUUUUCUAAAUAAAUAUUUUAAAUA